AUGUCAACAUACAGUACAUCCCUGACUGCACAAGAUCCUCAAACCCACCGAGUUUCUGCCCCCGGAACACCUCAACUUCUAUCUCAACUAGGAACACCAAAUCACGAAUCCUCCCAUACAAGUACACCAAGUAACCGAUUCUCAUUACCAGGGGAAGCUUCUUUAAUUUCAGGUAUGGAAAUCGCGUUCUUGAUGUUGGAUAAAUUGCUGAUCGUUAAAGAUGGUUUGGAUAUUGUACCUCCAAGACAGCGCCGUUUUAAAAGUGCUAGGCUUAUUGGCGACUAUGAAAAGCCAUGGCUAGAAAAGGUUGCCACAGAGGGAAAACGCAAGAAAUGGUCUGGACGAACUUGGGAUUCAAUCAUUUUCUGGACGAGUAUUGUCAUUGGUUUUGGGCUCGGAGGCAUCAUGUGCUACGUUGGAUUUACAUCAGUUCCAAACAACUCAUACUGUCUUAUGUUUGAAGAUGAUUUUCAAAAUAUAGACCCCAGUAUAUGGAGUUAUGAGAUUCAACGAGGCGGCUUCGGUACUGGAUCCUUUGAAUGGACCACAAACGAUCCUCAAAACGCUUACACUGAUGCUGAAGGGCUUCAUAUAGUCCCAACAUUGACAGUCAAUUCAACGAAUAUCACACCUGCUCAGAUUUUAAACGGAUAUACAUUAAACUUGACUACCGACAACAGGCCAGAUGGCGUUUGUACGUCUGAUGAUGCAGGCUCGUCUUGUUCUAUGUACAGCAAUAUUACCGCCGGUACCAUUAUAAAUCCAGUCCGAAGCGCAAGGUUGUCUACCAAGGGGAAGAAAACUAUCAAAUAUGGCAAAAUUGAAGUCAUUGCAAAAAUGCCAAAGGGUGAUUGGUUAUGGCCAGCGAUAUGGAUGAUGCCAGAAGAUUCUGUUUACGGACCUUGGCCUGCUAGUGGUGAGAUAGAUCUCGCUGAAAGCAAAGGUAAUGAUGGGGCUACAUACGAUGGAGGUCGAGACAGCAUUAUCUCUGCUUUGCAUUGGGGCCCAAUUCCUCAAGUAGACGCCUUCUGGAAGACAGAUGGAAAGCACAAUAUCCGACGAACCGACUAUAGUGAAAGCUAUUAUACAUAUGGCCUUGAAUGGAGUGAAGACUAUAUUUUCACCUAUAUCAACAGCCGUCUCUUGCAAGUGUUCUACCUCUCUUUUAGUAAGGGAUAUAACAGCAUGUGGAAUAGAGGAGAGUUCGGUAAGACGAUUGUGAAUAACUCGGCGCUACAUGAUCCAUGGAGUCAAACGGGGAAUCCAGCCACUCCAUUCGAUCAGGCCUUCUAUCUUAUUCUGAACGUGGCAGUAGGAGGGACCAAUGGAUACUUCCCUGAUAAGGUUGGCAACAAACCGUGGGGAGAUGCUAGUCUGACGGCCCCAGCCGAGUUCUGGAAUGCUUCAAGUCAGUGGGGCCCAACGUGGGGGCCGCCCGAAGACAGAGGAAUGACUGUUAAGAGUGUCAAAAUGUAUUCGCAGGGAACUUGCGGAAGCCCGAGCUGAGAACGAAAUCGAAAGAGAUAGUGUAUUUCAAGUAAGCAAGAUAAGAGAAGUGAGAUAGAUAAGAUAGGUGCUUAAUUUGGUUUUAAUAUUGCAUGGGACAAAUUUCGGAACGAUACACAUGGGAAGAUUAGAGGAGUAAUCGGUAACUGAAGCCACUCGACGGAUAAUAAAAUAUACAAUUUUAUA